AUGGAAACUACGAAAAGGUCACGUAAUGUUAGAAUGUUUGAUGUUUGUGAUAGGCUUCAGGAGAAACUCGUGUGUAAAAGUUGGGACAUUUGUUCCGUCAAUAAUUUCAAUCUAAGUCUGUCAUUAAAUGUUACUUCAAAUGCCUCAACACAACAUUCUUCACCUGAAAGAAACUUAAAACCCAAAACCGAAUAA